AUGAGCAAAACUGCCACAACAGGGACAGUGAUUGCGACUACAAUGGUCGUAUCAGAAGAUGAAGAUGAUGUGGUUGAUGUCAAUAGAGUAGUAGUAAUAGCAGUACUAGAAGAAGAAGAAGGCGAGGGCAAAGACCACGAGGAUUCGGAUGUAGGUGCCCAUAUCGUCAUUUCUGUUAAGGUUGUGGUAAAUGCCAUGGUGCUUGACUCUCCUGGCAGCAAUUUCGAUACAGUGCCAGGCAAAGUUAUCUGUGUUGAUAGCCAUGAAGUGCCAUUCGAGCAGAUUGAGAGGAGACUUACGUUGGACAACAUCCUACUGCUGUCUCCCCAAAUGUCGGUGAAAAACUAA